ACGCAACUCAACAGUUGUGAGAGCUGUUUUCCCCCCAAAGUGUACCAACGUGCCUAGGGCGGCCACAAGAGCAAAAUAAAAAACCGAGAAACAAACGGUGAUUAUAUUCUGGUGGAGUGCGAUGUGCUAAAUGCGGCAUUUUCUCCCUGUGAAGUGAAGUGCGUGAGAGAUUGUGUCCUGGUCUUGAAGAAAUACAAGAAGAAAAGUGCGCAUCGAAGGAAGUUUGUAAAUCGUACGGUGUAGAACCAACAACAAGCAGUAUGGGUGAUCAAACUGUGCCUGCGAAGGGCAACGUGUUGGGAUCCCUCGUCCCAGCCCGGUACGUUUUGGCCGUGCUCGGUUCGGUCGCGAUGGCCAUCAUCUACGGGCUGAAGGUGAAUCUUAGCGUGGCGAUGGUCGCGAUGUUGAACCAUUCGGCCCUCGCCCACGGUUCGACGCCGACCGAGGCCAAGGAGCAUGUCAACGCCGAACCCGUCUGCCAGGGCAGCAACUCAACCGAAGCGGUCGAGGAUGGCCCAUUUAUCUGGAGUGAGCCGGUGCAGGGCAUGAUUCUUAGUUGCUACUUCUGGGGUUACCUGGUAUCGCAGGUACCCGGAGCUCGUGUGGCCGAAUCGUUCUCCGCCCGCUGGGUCAUGUUCUUCUCGGUGCUGAUUAACGUUGUGUGCACACUGCUCACGCCGGUGGCCGCCAAGCUGCACUACGUCGCCAUGAUCGUGAUGCGUAUCGGCGAAGGCAUUGGAGGUGGAGUGACUUUCCCCGCCAUGCACGUGAUGUUGGCUUCGUGGGCACCACCGAACGAGCGUAGCGUCAUGUCGGCCAUCGUGUACGCCGGUACGGCCCUCGGUACGGUCAUCUCGAUGCUGAUGGCGGGCGUGCUAGCUGGCACACUCGGCUGGGAGUCGGUGUUCUACGUUAUGGGCGGCUUAAGCUGCCUGUGGAUGGUGCUUUGGCUCUGGCUGGUGCAGGAUACACCGAGUAAGCAGCCACUGAUCAGCCAGGAAGAGCGUGAUCUCAUCACCACGUCGCUUGGCUCCGGGUCGUCUAGCGGGCACAACGAACCAAAGCCACCGGUACCGUGGCGUAAGGUGUUCACCUCCGCUCCGUUCUACGGUAUCCUGAUUGCGCACGUGUGCAACAACUGGGGCUGGUACAUGCUGCUGAUCGAGCUGCCGUUCUACAUGAAGCAGGUGCUUCAGUUCAAUAUCAAGGAGAACGCCGUCGUGACCGCAAUUCCCUUCCUGACGAUGUGGUUCUUCAGUAUGGCUCUCAGCAAGACGUUGGAUGCGUUGAGAACGCGCGGCAAGAUCACAACCACUAUCGCCCGGAAAACGGCCACUUUCAUCGCGUCCGCCGUCCCGAUGGUGUGUUUGUUGGCACUUUGUUACAUCGGUUGCCAGCGUGGGCUUGCAGUGUCACUGAUGACGAUCGGAAUCACGGCCAUUGGUGGCAUGUUCUGUGGACUGCUCUCCAAUCAUAUCGAUAUUGCACCGAACUAUGCUGGAACAUUGAUGGCCAUUACGAACACGGCAGCGACGCUGUCCGGUAUCAUUGUUCCCAUCUUCGUCGGACAGAUCACACACGGAAAUCAAACCAUCGGAGCUUGGCGAGUAAUUUUCUUCGUGACGAUCGCUCUUUACGUGGUGGAAAUCAUUGCCUAUCUGUUGCUGGCUUCCGGCGAGGAGCAACCGUGGAACAAGGGUGACAAGCCGGCCAGCUCGAUCGAGGCAGCCGAAGCCGAAGCAACGCCGUUGAACACAAAGGAAUCGAAGCAGAACUACAACGGCCAAGAGCAGUAAAUGGAAUGGAAGGAACAAUCGUGGAGAAUCACUCCUUCGAUUGAUCGUUCGGUACUCUCUACACUUACCAAAACCAGUGGUACUUAUGGUUAGAUUAACUUAAUUAAGAAAACGUUUUUGUCUGUUUGUAAAAGUGAAACAUGACAGAACAGGAGGAGGUGGAAACAACCAGGCUCAUUUUAAAGUUUAAAACUACUCACGAGUUAUUUUAACGAAAGGCAAUUUAUAAUGAUAUCAACCUUUUAGAAGCUGUGUAAACCAUAUGCCGGAUGUCAUGUUAUGAGAAAAUUACAAUCACAGAGCGGUACUUCUGUACUUAUGUACAGUUGGUUUGAAAUGCAGUCGUCUGAAAGAAGAAAACGAAGGAGCAUUUAUUUUAGCGAAAGAUUAAAUUAACUAUACUACCAUCAAGACUUUGGAAAGCUUAUGUGGCUGCAAUUAAAAACUGCCUCAUUGAGAUGAUUUAUUUAAAAAAAAGCCUUGUACUUAUGAAGGGGCAAAAUAUUUAAACUGUAUGACAAAGUUGAUGAAGUGAACAAUUAAUCUGAAGACAGACUUAAAACUCGAGCAAAUGUAGACAAGGAUAGGAAGUGAAUAUUGUAGCAGCUUAUGGUACGAUAUAAAAAAAAAAUCUAUAGAAAUACACUAUUUUUGCCAUACUAGUACUUGUCGCCUUCAAUACAUAACAGCAUGGCCCAUUCACCGCUUGCAUAUUAUACUCCAUUUACUGGAUGGUAGAAUGCCCGAAUGCAU